AUGUUCCUUGUUUUGUUGCUGCAGGACAAUGGUUUGGUUCCCAUAGUCGAACGUGAGGUUUUGUUGGACGGAGACCAUGGAAUUGAGAGGACCUUUGAGGUGCCCCAAAAAGUGUGGGCAGAGGUUUUCUUCUACAUGUCAGAGAACAAUGUUAUGUUUGAAGGAAUUCUGCUCAAGCCCAGCAUGGUGACGCCUGGUGCUGAAUGCAAGGACAAAGCCACACCAGAUCAAGUUUCUGAAUAUACUCUGAAACUCCUCCACAGAAGGAUUCCACCUGCUUUUCUGUCAGGAGGACAAUCUGAAGUUGAAGCAACCUUGAACUUGAAUGUUAUGAAUCAAGGAGCAAACCCAUGGCAUGUUUCAUUUUCUUAUGCAAGAGCACUACAGAACACAUGCCUGAAGACAUGGGAUGGAAGGCCAGAGAAUGUGAAGGCUGCACAAGAAGCUCUCCUGGUACGGGCAAGGGCCAACUCACUUGCACAACUUGGAAAGUAUACAGGUGAAGGCGAGUCAGAGGAAGCUAAGAAGGGGAUGUUUGUCAAGGGAUACACGUACUGA